AUGACGGUCACGCACUCGCGUCGUGCUGCUGUGCGGUGCACAUGCAUACUUGCGCUUCUGCUUGUAUGCGUAGCACUGAGCUCGCGCGCAUUUUUCGACUUUGGCGGCGGUGGUCGUGCCGGCGCGCCGCCCGCAGAGGUGCACCAUGCUCCGGAGGUGGACUACUACAAGGUGCUGCAGCUGGAGGAUAAGCGCGAGGAAGCGACCGAGAAGGACAUCCGUCAGCAAUUUCGCCGCCUUUCUCGUCUUUACCACCCCGACGUGGCGAAGACGGAGGAGGACAAGGCGAAGUACAGUCAAGUUAACCGUGCGUACGAGGUGCUGUCCGACAAGCGGAAGCGCAAGGUGUACGACAUGCGUGGGGAGCGGGGCUUGGAGCAGCUCGAACACAUAGACCGCUCCAAGGGCACUCCUGGUGGUGGUAUGAACCCCCUCGCCCAACUCUUCGGCAUGCGGGUGGACGAUGGCCUGCGAGGGUCCGACAUGGAGCUGGAAGCAAAGGUGGACCUCGCCAAGUUGUUCACUGGCGGGCAGGAGACUCUCCGGGUCAACAAGCACAAGGUAUGCCAUGCCUGCAAAGGCAGUGGUGCGGAUAUCACGGGGGGCAUUGUGCAGUGCCAGCAGUGUGGCGGCAACGGUGUGCUGCGCCAGCGUAUCCAGUUUGCCCCUGGCAUGAUCCAGGAGUUGCGCCAGAAGUGCCCCAGCUGUGGCGGAGCAGGUCGGCGGCCGAAGCGGGUGUGUCCCGUGUGUCGGGGCAACAAGGUCUUGUUCGGCAGCAGCACAGUGACACUGGAGCUGGAGCCUGGCAUGGAGGAGGGCCACGUGCUGAAGUUCGAGAUGGAGGCGGAGGAGUCGCCGGACCGUCUGCCGGGAGAUCUUCUCGUACACGUGCAAACCCUCCCGCACCCCGUCUUCUCACGCCGCCGCAACCAGCUAGACUUGGACACGUCUCUGACACUGACUCUUCGGGAGGCCCUCGUGGGGUUUGACCGCAACAUCACACACCUUGACGGAGUGGAGCAGGUCGGGGUGCAGCGGCGCGACACCGUGUCACCCUAUGGCACCGUUCUUCGGCUCCCGGGAAAGGGAAUGCCAAAGAUGAAUGUCGCCUCCGAGCGGGGUGACCUCUACGUCAGGCUGCAGUACGACAUGCCCGCGCAGCUCACAGAGGAACAGAGGAAGCUGGUGGAGAUGCUGCUGUGA